CCUUUCGCAAACACUCGGCCUCGGCGUGCGCUGAAGGGCCGGUCAUUGGUGGCUGCGCACGUCCCUCUCGCUGCCCGGCGGCCUUAUAAAAGCGCCCGCGAUCCCUUUGUCCCCGCAGAGCUCGGUUCUUGCUUCAACAGUGUUUGAACGGAGCCGGUUCCACCACCAGCCUCUUUUCUUUUUCCCCUCUCUUUUCCCUCUUCAGCAAACAAAACAGCCAAAAAAAAAAGGAGAGCCCCUUUUGCUUCUUCUGCUAUCCUUGCUUGAGUUGACCCGCCAGCAGCUGCCCAGCCAGCGAAGCGAGAUCCCCGCCGCCGCCCCGCCGCCAUGGAGUCCCAGGUCCGCCAGAACUACCACCGCGACUGCGAAGCCGCCGUCAACCGCAUGGUCAACAUGGAGCUGUACGCCAGCUACGUCUAUCUGUCCAUGGUGAGCAAGGGGUCAGGGUGUGUUGGCGACGUGGUGGUGGUAUAUUGGGGUGCAGAGCCCCCGGGUCACAGGCUCGUUACUGCAUUGCAGGGGGUUGGACUAGAUGACUCUGGGUGCCCCUUCCAACUCCACAAUUCUGUGAUCAGUUGGCUCUGUUCCCUGGGGAAAAGGGAGCGUGGCUAGAGAACCCCGCAGGACACCAAUUCCACUCGCCCUGCGUUCUUUCAAUCCCACGUUUGUUCUAAAGAGUUCAAGGUAGCAGCAGGCAUGGUCUUCCACCCAACCACUUUCCCGCUGGAAGCUCACAACAACCCGAAGAAGUGGUGGCUCAGGGCCUGAAGUCGCCCAGAAAGCUUCAUGGCUAGGUAGCAGGUUUAAACGGGGUGGGAGAAGAGCCCAACAACACCAUGCUCUCUUCUCCCUUAUUAGGAACCUCCAUUUUCAUCACUUUUGUUUCCAAGGGGAAAAAGCAGCAGCAAGAACAACGAGAGGGACUUUGUCUUGAGAGUUCUGGCUGCCUCUGCUUGCUUCCUUCCCUUUGUUUUCAAACGAACACUCUUUCACUUCCUUUUUAGUGCUUCCCCUAGUCUUGGUCAUUGUCCUCUUGCUACUCUCCAAAAAUACUUAUACACUCUCUCUCUCUCUCUCUCUCUCUCUCUCUCUUAGGCCUAGAGGUCAUGGUGGUGGUGCUUGGCAUCUCAUAGUUGCUGAUCAGCCUGCCUGCACAGCCUUGCCUCUCUCUUUGGCAUAAAACACCAUUCUUGCAUUCUCCAUCCCCCCCACUUCCAGUUGCCCAUGGUGUGUUCAAGCCCCGUCUUGGGUGGAUCAACAAGUGGGAGGCAGAGAUAAGCUUCUAGGGUGGGGUGAUUAAAAAGAACAUCCCAUGACAGUUAUUCUCUCUUCUUCCCAUACCUAAUAGUGUCUUCUUGUCCCCCAACCCAUAAUCUCUACUUGACCCACUUCCAGUAUAGGAAGAUGGAAAGGGGUGUGUGUUGUUAUUCUUCUUUUGCUUUGGCCUCUGUUAACAACUGUUUCUUUCUGUAACUUCUGAUGCCCACACCUUGAUGUCUCUCUGGGAAAUGGACUGUGUGAGAGAGAGUGAUGCUAGCAGUCUUUCAAGGGCGCCUUGCCUAACUUUCACCAGAACUCUGCCCCCUCGGGCUUCUGCAGGCUCCAUCCCCCAUAUACUUUAUUUUUAAGAGGGGAGCCUCUUGCCCCCAGGGCACUCUGCUCAGUGUCCCCCUACUUGCCCCAUGGCUCUUCAUACAUUUCCUUCCCCCAUUAUAUGUGGGUUGGGUUUUUUCUCCCUAACUGUGUCCUGUUGCUUUGAAAGUUGGUCAGUUCAAUUGCUUUACAAUCUGCAUACAGUUUGAGGUUAGUUCACACUUGAGGCUUGCCUCUCCUCCCCUAACACCAAUGGGCUCCAUUCAGUGAGUCUCGCCUCCUCCUUCUCCCCCUUCAAAAUAGUGUUUAUCCCCUGGAUACCUUCCAAACUUGGAAGAAGUACAGAUUCUCCAUUCAAAACUUGUGUGUUCUUGUUCACGUUUUUCCAUAUCCGUCUCCCACACUCACCCAUUUCUCUGCAAUACUAGGCAUGCAGGAUUUGUGGAUCCCUGCCCAUUAAUAUUUUUUUAAAAAAAAAUAUUAGUAGGGGCAUGUGUUUUUUGGUGACUGUUUACAGCCUUUUUGCCAAUUCAAGUUUGUCAUAUGUAGCAUCUCUUUGAUGGCGAUAUCCUUCCUUCCUUCCCUCCUUUCUUUCUUUUUGUAGCCUCAGGACAUUCACCAGUUAUCCCCAUCUCUCUUCCUGCAACAGGAGAAAACAUUUUUUGCAAAUAAAUUUAUGGGCUGAUUCAAUUAAACUGUGUGUGUGUGUGUGUGUGUGUGUGUGAGAGAGAGAGAGAGAGAGAGAGAGAGAGAGAGAGGUUAAAAAACAACAACACAAACACAAACUUGCACAGCACCUCCUGUUUUCUCAUGUGUCAGAGGCGCCUUCUGCAGAACUGUGAAAUCAUCAUGAAGGCACAACGGAAAGGGAUGUCUGGAGGGGCCCCCUGUCCUGCUCUGCUUGUGCCUGGUAGCAAACUGCAGACAAGUGUCUUCUCUGUAGUCUCGGCACGUGGCUAAAUGGGAGACAUUUUGUAGUGGCGUGGACUUUCAUUGACUCAAGAGUUUUGUUUUGUUUUUUUACAAAGUAAAAGUAUUUGUAUACCGCCCUCUCGUAAAUCUUCAAGGUGGUGCACAGCAAUAUAAAAACGUAAAAUAACAAUUAAAAGCAGUACAAAAGAAUCAUUAAUAAAAGACUGGCUACUCGUGGAAAUUUUAAACAACUGCAGAGACAUGUUGGCAUAAAGAAGUCUGAAAGAAAGUCAAAAGUGAGGGUGCUUGCUGAAUCUCGGCUAGAAGAGUGUUAUGUAGCAUGGAACCAUCAACCCUAAAUGCCCGACUUCUGGUUGAGGCCAGCUUGGGUAUACAGAAGACAACUUAUGCAGAAGAACUUGAGAGUUUCCCCCUGCUUCCCAUAGGGUGGUUGUUCUUUUACAGAACUUGCAAGCUUCUGAGGCCUUGUGGGAAAAAUUCGUUCUUUUAACAGAUCAGGCCUCCUCCUUCCCUGCCCACAACACUUCCCCAGAUCUGAAGGUCUUUUUCAUCUGCUCACUUGUCCGCAGUCUGGCUAGGAUCUCCCCAAAGUAACCCAGCGUCUCCUCCUGUUCCCUUUCUCCAGUCUUCCUAUUUCGACCGGGAUGACGUUGCCCUGCGACAUGUGGCUGCCUUUUUCCGCUCGCAGUCCCACGAGGAGCGGGAGCAUGCUGAGAAGCUGCUGAAGUUCCAGAGCCAGCGCGGUGGUCGGGUCCUCCUGCAGGACAUCAAGGUACAAAUCUGGUGGGGUGCCCUGUUUCUAGCCAGAGAUGCCAAGAGCAGCGACUGCAGGACUUCCCAGGUGGUGGUUCUGCCUGUUAGGACCUCAAACCCUUCUAUGUGAGCUGGGCAAAAAUGGCAUGUUGACCCUGGGUUCGAAUCCUGCCUCUGGCCCUGGGGAAGCCACUGUCCCAGAAGUAGCAGCAACCAGUCUUCAAAAGCUGGUUUGUUACAGAACUCUAUAAUUUUAUAUUUGUUUUCUGUGUCUACAGAAGCCAGAAAAGGAUGCUUGGGGUACAACUCUUGAUGCCAUGGAGGCAGCCCUUCAGCUGGAGAAGAACGUGAACAAAGCCCUCCUGGAUCUGCACCAACUGGCAAGCAGCCAGGGAGACCCACAUGUGAGUAUCCAUGGGGUGUUGAUAGGCUUAGGAGUCCUGUCUUGAGCCGUUACUGUCCUUGCACAUACGCCUUUUACCUACUUUGCCUCAGAGGUACUGGUAAGUUUCUGGAUUUGCACAAUGUUGCUUCACUGUUUUAUCAGUGGUCCAGCCAUCUCUGCAUCCUGCCUCUGAUUCUGUGAGCUCUGAGAUGUUACGCCAAGAUCCUAAUAGGUCUUCCUGCUACCCUCCUGGGCAGAAAUAGUUGUAGCAGCUGCAGCACCCAUAAAUCUACUAUGCUAUUCACAUCAUGUGGGGCAGGAGGCAGAAUGCAGAGAAAGAGAGAAAAAAAUCCUUUGCAAUGUGUUUAAGCAAGGACGGCUCUCCAAAAGUCAUUUGAUUCCCAAGCCCCGUAAAUCCCAGUCAGCAUGGGCCCAACGAUCAGGAAGGGUGGGAGUCCUGCAAUGCCCAGAGGACUACGGGCCCCCUUCCCUAUUAUUAAGUGUAGUCCUGAAAUAAAACUGCCAUACCUUUAAAAAAAAAAAAAUAGCAGAACUUGAACGUCAGAUUGCCACUUAUCCAAGGUGAACCCUACAGUAGAAGAGACAACUUCAGAAGUAAACAGUUGAGGGGAGAGCUCAUUGGAAGUGCUCUGGGUGUUGUGUCUGCCUAACCCAAGCAUUUCACCCUGUCUUCUUCUCCCUCUAUCUCCACAGUUCUGUGACUUCCUGGAAACUCACUACCUUGACGAGCAAGUGAAAGCUAUCAAAGUCCUGGGCGACCACGUCACCAACCUCCGGCGGCUGGGGGCAUCCCAGGGAGGUCUUGGCGAAUACCUCUUUGACAAGCACACUCUGGGAGAGAGCAGCAGCUGAUUCCCUCUCCCUCCCUCGUCCCCAAGAGCGCAAUACCCCUUCCAUGAACCCACAGAAGCAAGACCCACCUCCGUCACUCUGGCCAGGCCCCACUCAAGGGGGGCUGUACCUGCCACAACUCAGUUGGCAUGCUUCCAAUAAACAAGGGUUCACCCGUUUAAACUC